CGAGAUAUAACAGCAGCAGCAAAAGAAAAAAUUAAAUCACGGAAUUAUAAAGAUUUUUGAAAAAAGAAAACAUUGUAGUGAUUUAAGAAUAAGAAAUGAAAUAAAAAAAAACUUUUCACGAAAGGAUAUAAUACACACAUAUAAUAAGAAAUGAUACUGUAUAAGUGGAAAUAGUGGAAAAUGUGAACAAAAAAAAACUAAGAUUUAAUGACAAGAGAUUUUAUACAAAUAAAUUCAAGAAUAAAAAUAAUUCACUUAAUUUGAAUAAACGCCGAAGUUUUUGAAAAGCCUUAACAAAAUGUACCACCUACUUGUGUCAGCUGUUUUAAUAAUCAGCUGUUGUACUCCCAGCCUUGGCCGUUAUUUGGGCCAUACACCGUAUAGACCCCAGCCAUAUAAUCCUUAUCGUAAUUAUCAUUACCCCUCGCCAAUUGGUUAUCCAUAUCACAUGCCAACAAGUUAUUAUCCUGCUGGAACUUAUUUCGAUCAACGUCGUGGAAUUUUACGACCCUUCCCCGGUGGUGGGGUGCCAAUUAUUGUGGAUUAUCACAAACGCUGUACGGGUAACUAUGUCGGUUUGAAGCCACAUCCAGAGGAAGGCCAAUACUAUUAUGUUUGUAAGCAGGAUUGUGUGAUAUUUGGACGAUGUCAGAAAUAUCAGAAAUUCAAUACGACCUGCGGCCAAUGUGUACAGCAAACGCCCACCGAAUAUGAACCUAAGUGUACCGCCGAAGGACGCUUUCCCAUUCACUACGAUUGCCAUCUUUAUUACAAAUGUGAUAAAUCCAUGCAGCCACAAGUCUACUCCUGCCCUCACAACAUGAUAUUCUCCCAGCAGACCAGUAAAUGUAUUCCUGGUAAUCGGUGUAUUCCCACCCAGAUUGUUAGCGAUGAUGAUAGUGUGCCGGAAUACUGUGAAAAUAAAUAUCCGGCAUGUCAACAGAACGGAGUAUUUCGAUCGCCCUCCGAUUGUUCGCUCUACUAUACGUGUGAGCUGCAAGAGAAUCGGGUGUUUUAUCAAACAAGAUUUAAAUGUCCCGGUGAUACAUUCUAUGACCUACAAAACAAUGCCUGCUUGCCCAGGGAACAAGUGCCAUGUGACUGUAUUACCCUGGCGGAAUUGGUAUAUCCCCCAAGCUAUAUGCAACCAUAUCCUCCCCUUAUACAGCCCUAUCCCAUAGUUCAUGACAGUGAAUUUGAUUUGGAUUCCCUUGAAGAAAUUGAACAUGCCACAGAAUCUUCUUCUGAGGAGGACGAUGAAGAGGGGGAGGAGUUGGAAGAAGUAGAUGACUCACAUGAAGAAUUUGAUGAUCCAUAUAAUUCCGAAUCUAGUUCAAGUGAGGAAGAUGCUAGUGAAGACAAAAAAGGUCAAUUGGCAAAAGAAAGAACUACAACAACAACAGUAUUUCCGGUUGCGACAACUUUACCCACAACAGAAUCUUCUGCAGAAACAACUACAGAAACUUCCGAAGAACAAUCUACUGAAACCACUACAGAAUUUGCAACAGAAACUCCAGCUGCUUUUACAGAAUCACCUACGGAAGGCCCUACAGAAGCAGCCACGGAAACUACCACAGAAGCAGUUACAGAAGUUCCUGUAGAAGCAAUUUCAGAAGUUCUUCCAGAAGUCACUACGGAAGCUGUAGUGUCAACUCAAAUUCCAGAAAGCACUACAGAGGCAGUAGUCUCAACAGCAGUGGCAGCAGAUCCUACAGUUGCUCCUGUAGUUUCAACAGUAUCUCCUUCCCCUACAGAUGAUGAUGAGAACGAUGACAUCGAUAUUUUGGGUAGUGAUGUUGAUUUCGGUGAUCGCUUUGUCUUGCAGGACGAUAAAAUCUGGGAUAAUGAUGGUCCGGGUAAAACAAUAUUCCUUAAACUAAAUCCAGAUCCGGAAUCUGAAGAGCAAACAAAAGACAAUGAACACGAUUCAACGGAAAGUCCAUCUGAUCAGGGCACUUUAACUACUGAACCAGAAUCUGAAGAGACCACAACUGAACCAAGCCAAGAUGACAAUGAUGAUGAAGAUGAUGAUACAGGCGAGGGCAACAAUAAUGAAACAGGAACGGAGGGAUCGAAUCAGGAUACAGAUGAAACCAACAAUGAAGCAGGUGGAGAUGGUAAUGAAUCGGGAAAUGACAAUCAUGAAUCAGAGGAAGAUGGACAGGGAUCGGGAGAGGGAAAUAAAGAAUCGGGAGAGGGUAGCAAUGAAGCAGGGGAGAAUGCAACAGAGGAACCAGAUGUGUCACAUACAAGUGAUGACACUACUGUAGCGCCUACAACAGCUAUUGGUGCAACAAACCAAGCUGCGGAUGACGGAGACACUGAAACCGAACCCUGUGAUGAAAUAGUAACAGUCAAACCACCGCCAUGUGAAACAGAAAAGGCCAACAUGCCGCGCUUAGAAAUAUUUGUGGAGCGGCCGAUGGAUGUGCGCUUUGUCAUAUGCCCGAAGUCAUGCACGAAGGAUCAUAAACAUAAUUAUGAUGAACAAGACAAUCGUGCUGUCCAUUUAAAAUGGUAUCCCAAUAGAUCGAAUCAAUCCAUGACUCUUGAAACUUCAAACCGAUUGAAAAUCGAUGGUUAAGUUGUUUAAUUAGUUUAAUGUUAAUCUAGUGAUGUUAGAUAUUAAUUAAUAGUAUUAAUUACUUUAAGGUAACGAAACGAAACAAACAAAAAAACU